AUGUUUGCGGCGUCCACCGUCGGCAUUUCCGCAUUUCCCGCGAUGCUCCAACUGCCAGAGACGAGCCGCCAGUCCAUCAUGAGCAGCAGCUCCGUUCGCAGCACCCGUCGACCUGGCUUGAAGAAGAAGAAGAAGCCCACGUCGCAGCACGCCCAAGGCCUCUGGCGCAAGGAAGAGCACGAACGCUUCCUCAUUGGCCUCCAGCUUUUCCCGCAAGGGCCGUGGAAGGCGAUUGCCGAAAUCGUGCAAACGCGCACCGCCAAGCAGUCCCAGACGCACAUGCAGAAAUGCAAAGAGAAAAUGGUCCGGAAGCUCCGCGAACACAACAUGCUCGUCGACGACGACGUCUCGGAGCCAACGUCGGCGGCCUCGAACCGGUGCAAGCAGGCCGCGAGUCUCCACGUGUCGGCCGUGACACCGAUUCCCUUUCACAGCGCGGCCGGCGCAGCCUUGGCCCCCAACAGCCUCGUACCCAGCGACGAAGCAAGUGCCGUGUCGCUCGAAGACUCGCUCGAUUUUUUAUUGCCACGAUGCCGAUGGGCCGCUUGCGACUCUAGCGAUAUCGUACCUUAA